AGCCACCACAUUUUGUGCACGUUGGUACCUCCCUGAGCGAACGCAGCUCGCUGCUGUGCAGGUGCUUUGCAUAAGGGAGCUCCUCGCUUUCGUCUCAACAGUGUGCCAGAUUCUACCCGAAGUCAUGGCUGACCAGGUGGCCGCCAUGUGUGAUCAGCUUAUUAAAGCUGUGAAUGUGAUGAUGGAUGCCGAAACAAGCCAAAUUUACCGACUGGAGGCCCUAAAGUUUUGUGAAGAGUUUAAAGAGACAAACUCCCUCUGUGUUCCAUGUGGCUUACAAUUAGCCGACAAAGCCCAACCUGCUGUAAUAAGACACUUUGGUUUGCAAAUCCUGGAGCACGUCAUCAAAUUUCAAUGGAACAAUAUGCAACAACAAGAGAAAGUCCAGUUGAAGGAGUGUGCCAUGCAGCUGCUAUCAAAUGGUACUCAUUCUAUCCUGGAGGAGGAGAGCCAUAUCAAAGAUGUCCUGUCACGAAUCACAGUGGAAAUGAUAAAGAGAGAAUGGCCGCAGCACUGGCCAGAUAUGCUGAAAGAGAUGGAGGCUCUCACUGGCCAAGGGGAGGCACAGACAGAGCUGGUGAUGUUGAUCCUGUUGAGGCUGGCGGAGGAUGUUAUCACCUUCCAGACGCUGCCCACCCAGCGACGCAGAGACAUCCAGCAGACGCUCACCCAAAACAUGGAGAGCAUCUUCAGUUUCAUGAUGGCAAUUUUGCAGCUCAAUGUCGAGGACUACCGUAAGCUGAAAGAGUCACCUGGACAUGAACUGCAGGCCAGAGCUCACUGUCGUGUCGCUGUGGCCACACUGAAUACGCUUGCAGGCUACAUAGAUUGGGUGUCUCUGGUGCACAUCACCUCCGGAAACUGCCAUCUACUGGAGAUAUUAUGUCUGCUGCUGAGUGAGCCAGAGCUGCAGCUGGAGGCAGCAGAGUGUCUGCUCAUAGCUAUCAGCCGGAAGGGCAAGCUGGAGGAUAGGAAGCCGUUCAUGCUGCUGUUUGAUGAUGUGGCCAUCCACUACAUCCUUUCUGCAGCCCAGUCUGCAGAUGGACUGGCAAUAUGUAAGAAAUCCUCUGAAUCGCAAGCAGUGGAGGUGGUGGAGCGACGUUACAUCUUCCUGAAGAGGCUGUGUCAGGUCCUGUGUGCUCUGGGAGGCCAGCUCUGCUCAUUAGUGGGUUCAGAUGUGGAGGUUGAAGUACCUGCAAAUCUCAGCAAGUACACGGAAGCCCUUUUAGCCUUCACUACACAUUCCAGUCAGUUCUUGAAGUCGUCCACUCUGGCUACUUGGGGAGCUUUGUUCAGACAUGAGACUCUGUCAAAGGAUGCGGUUGUUGUGGAAAUGGCUGUCAAAUACCUCAGAGCGUGUAUGACCAACCUGGUCAAGGCUGGAUUUCCAUCUAGAGACGAUAACCCAAGCUGUGAGUACUCUCGUGUGGACUUUGACAGCGACGAGGACUUCAACUCAUUCUUCAAUUCUUUUCGAGCGCAGCAGGGAGAGGUGGUGAGGAGUGCAUGUCGCAUUGUUCCUCUGGAGGCCUUUCAGAUAGCAGCAGAAUGGUUACAGUAUCAGAUUGCUAGCCCUAUUGACAUCGGGGAUACCACGUCUAAGACUGCAGAGGGCCUGUGCUCCCUCCUGUCACCAUCUGUGGUCCAGUGGGAUGCAGUGACCGUCUUCAUGGAGUGCAUGGUCGCACACAUCUUCAAAAGUCUGGAGGAGGAGAAGCUGCCCAUAGAUCAAAGCAUGGAGCUGCUGCAGGCUGUGCUGAACUACGAGACCAAAGACCCGCUCAUCUUGUCCUGUGUCCUCACCAACGUCUCUGCCCUCUUCCCAUUUGUCAUACACCGACCACACUUCCUGACACAGGUCCUAUACAAGCUGUUUAAAGCCAUCACAUUUGACAUUGGUCAAGACAAUAAGGUACCUCGGACCAGAGCUGUAAAGAACGUGAGGAGGCACGCCUGUUCUUCUAUCAUCAAAAUUUGCCGGGACUACCCACAGUUCAUCUUGCCUUGUUUCGACAUGUUUUACAAUCACGUUAAAAAGCUGUUCUCGAGCGACACCACACUGACUCACAUGGAGAAAUGUUCCCUGAUGGAGGCUUUGGUGCUGAUCAGUAACCACUUCAAGGACUUUGCAAAGCAGAAGGCUUUUCUAGAUGAACUGAUGGCAUCAGUGGUUGCAGAAUGGACCUCGGAUGAGAUGAGGCAUGUGCUGUGGGAUCCUGCACUGUUCCUGUCCUUUGUUGGAGCUGAUCAGGUGGUCACUGAGCAAAGUACAGAGAAAGACACAGCAGGACUUAAUAGGGGGCGGUUGAGUUUCUGUUUGUACGCCAUGCUGGGGGUGGUGAAACGGGCACGGUGGCCUGCAGACUUGGAGGAAGCCAAGGCUGGUGGCUUUGUGGUGGGCUACACCCCCGCCGGAGCUCCCAUCUACAGGAACCCCUGCACUGCCCAGUUUCUGGUCUUGCUGCCCAACCUGUUGGCUCUCAUCAGGACUCACAACAGUCUGUUCGUGCCAGAGAACAUGGCUCGUCUGAGUGAGACCUUUUCCAGGGCCCAUGAGGUGAUGGAUGCAGAGAAAAAUGUGGUUCUUGGUCUCCCUCAGCAUCUUCUGGAUAUUUAUGACUCGCCUGUAUAUAGAACCAACCUGGAGCGCAUGCAGGGAUUUUUCACCACAUUGUAUGACAACUGCUUCCAUGUUCUGGGAAAUGCAGGUCUGUCCUUGCAGCAGGAGUUCUACACCAUUGAGAGGUUGGCUGAGGAAAUAGCGGGCUCUGCUUUUGUCUCCCUUGACCAUGUGCCUGACCACAGACUUCGCCCUAUGAUUCGGGUGUUUCUGAGGCAGCUGGUGCUAUCAUGUCCUCAGGAGUACUACGACAGUCUACUCUGCCCCCUGCUGGGCCCUCUAUUCACCUACAUGCAGCAGAGACUCAAUGUCAAGUGGCAGGUCAUCAACCAGAGGACCUCUAUUAACGGUGAGGAUCAGGAGGAGGUGGUGUGCCAGGAGAGCCAGGUGACGCAGGAGAUGUUGGAGGAGCAGCUGGUGCGCCUGCUCACCAGGGAGGUGCUGGAUCUUCUCGCUGUGAGCUGUAUUGCCAGAAAAGUGCCUGAACCGGCCGCAAAUAAGGAGGAGGUAGACGAGGAAGACAUGAUGAUGGAUUCAGUGCAGACGGUGUCUCCCGCCCAGCCCACAGACGAGCUGACUGAGCUGGGGAAGUGCCUGAUGAAACACGAGAACAUCUACAUGUCCCUAUUGACCCUCUCCUUCACCUCGCUGUCAUGGAAGGACACCUCAAACUGUCACCGCACUGCUUCCAUGGUCUGCUGGACCCUUCUGCGGCAGGUCGUAGGGGGUAAUCUUCUUCCUGAGGCGGUCACGUGGUUCUACACCAGUGUUCUCAGGGGCCUUCAGGUUCAUGGGCAGCAUGAAGUAUGCAACUCUACCCUCUCUCAGCUGGCCAUGCUCAUCUAUGAAAACCUGCGCCCUCGCUACAUGGAGCUGAGAGCAGUAAUGACCCAGAUCCCAAACAUCAGUGUGGAGGGUCUGGACCAGUAUGAUCGCAGGCUCAUGGACCCCAAUGCCCAGAAGGUUGGAGACAAGAAGAGGAAAGACCAGUUCAAGAAGCUUAUUGCAGGAACAGUUGGGAAAGCUCUGUGCCAGCAGUUCAGGAAGGAGGUUCAUAUCCGGAAUCUUCCAUCGCUCUUUAAAAAGCCGAAGUCAGACAAGGAUUUACAGAACAGUGGUGAACCAUUGGGCCUGGCAGCUCUCUUCGUCCCCGGUGAAUAACACCCUGUAGGAACACGCAGCGGUUCUAAUGGACUCCAUGUGGACUGAAGACAGAGUUAUGUGUACAAACCAGGGUUUCCUUCACCAUUGUCAAGUUGGGGCAGCAUGCAACGUAACAUAUCUGUCAACACUCGGGUUUUUCACUCGGUCAUCUUUUAUUUUAACCCUCACUGUGCCGCAACACCUCCCACACUGAUAAGUAAUAUCAUAUCUUGUCAUUUAUAGAGGCAAGGUUUAGAUAUUUCAAAUUAAAGAAUGGCCUGUGUCUGUGCCAGAUUUUGCAAAGGGGCGAUCUGAAAAUAAUCUUAAAUAUUUGCUCUACAGCAGAAGCUCUGGUGAACCACAGACACACCUUGAAAUAGGCUGAUUCUGUGCUCUGCCAUUUUACUUUGCACCUUUUUCAAUCAGUGCAUCAUACACAUGAAGCGAGUUGUAGAUUUCUAAGUUUAUAAGUUAAGGAAUCAAACUGAGAGCUCAUCAUCAAAUGAUAUCGAAAUACGCAACGCCAGUAUAACCACUAGCUGAAAGUGUGGCCUGUUAGGAAGGACUGUGUGUGUGUGUGUGUGUGUGUGUGUGUGUGUGUGUGUGUGUGUGUGUGUGUGUGUGUGUGUGUGUGUGUGUGUGUGUGUGUGUGUGUACGUGUACGUGUGUCUUGUGAGAGGUGGAGACCUUUUGUACUGUUAAAAAGAAAAAAAAAAUCAUUUCAGAGGUUAGUGUUGGCAGAUAUGUUGUGACCACACUGCUGCUGUCAAGGCUGUCAAGUCCUGGGUCAAAAAGAAAGGAAGAAAAAUCUAGGACAAAUCCUGGUACACGUUUCUCCAUUUACUGUAAUUUCCUUUGACUGGACAAGCUUAAAUGCAGUUUCUGAUUGUGAAGGAUGUUGGUAAUGGUACCUCAGGUGUGACGCUCCCUCUCACGGGGUGAAGAUAUUUUAUGGAAACAAACCCUAAGACAAAAACAAGCAGCUGGAUUGUGUUUUCAUGAAUGGUUAAUGUAGAUUUAAAUAUGAACAACAGUUUUCUAUUUUGCAGAUGUUACACAAUAGCUAGAUAAGGCAAUGAUGGUUUGCAGUUUUGCCAGUUUUCCAUAUCAGCACAACUUACACGGCCCAAGUACUGUUUCAAAUUGCUUAUUAAAUGCAGAGCACAUAUCAUACUACAAAUAAUACAGCCACACUCUGUGCCAAAACACUCACGGUAGACUUGACAAACGUGAUCAGAAAAUUGUGUCUGAGAAGCAAAACUAACAACAUGUAACUUUUGAUGAAAAUUAUUUAAGGAUGGACUUGACUAAUGUGUAGCUUAAUCCAAGUGUUUCUUAUGUUUUCUAGCUGUUUAGUUGGUGAUGAUAUUCAGAUUUUUUCUUUUUUGUGUUUGUACUGGUGUUACUAAGAUGAACCAGCACUACAUUCCUUCAUUGUCCAAUGAAGUAUUUUUAAGUGUAAUUUGUUGGAUAUAUUUUGCUCUUAUGGAGCUGUCAUGGUAGAGUGAUUUGUUUUUUAAACUAUCUGUUAUGUAUAUUCAGAUGAAAAUAAAUGGGAUUUGCGUGAGAGUUAGAGUGAGCCCCCUUUAAAUGCAUAUAGAUGGGUCUGCACUUCAGAUGCUGGUUUGCUGAAAACAGGUGCACAUCACACUCACCAACAUUUAUGAAAUUUAAUUUUCCAGUGAAUUGAUUUGCCUUUCUUUGUGAUGAUUCUUCACUUGUGGCCAUUUUUUAAAAAACUUGUUCAACACUAACAUGUUCUGUAAAAAGAAGAAAAUAGGCUUUUUAAAAGUGUAGUGUGGUUUAUAUUUUGUUGUUUUUAAAUAAAAUAAUAACCUCCAA